AUGACUGGAGUGUUUGACAGUCUCAGUACAGAUAUGCAUUCCAACCAGAUUACCUCUAGCAGUUACCACAGCUUGCACAAGCCGCAGGAGUCCCCGACUUUACCCGUUUCCACCGCCACGGACAGCAGCUACUACAACGGUCAGCAAGCCGGACACUGUGCAGGAUCCCCUUAUGGCCAGCUCGGUGCCUAUCCUUACCACAACAACGGCAUGAACAGCGUCCAGUAUAACGCAAAAUCUUACGAGCUGGGCUUCAACAGCUCCUUCAGUACUUACAGCACGUACGGCUCCAGCACAUCGCCUACUCCCACCGACGCAGAAAAGGAUGACAAUGAACCAGAGAUUCGGAUGGUGAAUGGAAAACCGAAGAAAGUGCGCAAACCUCGAACUAUUUAUUCAAGUUUCCAGCUCGCCGCGCUGCAGAGGCGCUUUCAAAAGACGCAAUAUCUGGCGCUGCCGGAGAGAGCCGAGCUCGCUGCUUCUCUGGGCGUAACACAAACCCAGGUGAAGAUUUGGUUUCAGAACCGUCGCUCGAAGUUCAAGAAAUUGUGGAAGAAUGGUGAAAUUCCUCCAGAACAACACGUUGCCUCCAGCGAGUCUCCACCGUGCCACUCUCCGCCUGUCAACGGCGCCUGGGAUUUUCCCCAAAACCAGCGGCUGAACAGUGUGAGCUCGGUUUUAGCCCCGAGCAGCGUCUCACCCAGCAGCACGGCACAUUCCUUCCUUACCAACUAUUCCUGGUACUCCUCAACGAACUCAGGCGCUCACAUCCAGCCUAAUGCACUGGCACCGCACCUCCACAAUACAGCCGUCAGCGCCGGGACGAUAUUUUGACAACAACAAUGACUUUUUUUAAAGACUGGAAAAUUUCGUUUGAAAAAAAGACUAAACGUUUCAUGCGCCUCGUAAGACCUUGUUGUUUUCUGGGUGAUUCUGCGCCUACAGAACUGACGCAGAUCUAGCACGGUUCUCACUGCGCAUAAUGCUGUUUCCUCUUUUCUCAUUUCCACAUGUCAUCGGGCAAAACACGAAUGAAUAAACGACAUGCAACUAUUUUUGUAUUUAUUUAUUUUGUCUCUAGAGGUGAAGAGAGUAAAAGAUAAAAUGCAUUAGUUAAUGAACCACUAAGAUCCAAAGCUAUGCUCUAAAAAGGCUGUUCAUACCAGAGUGAACUCUAUAGCAGGAUGUGUUAAUUAAUGUCAGAUUAUGUAGCACAAUUUCAAGCUGUAUCGUGCCUUUAAAAAUGACCUCACUUUCAUUUGUUCACCGUAACGUACUUUAAAUGUACCCAUUGCUGUUACAUUUUUGUCUUUUUAUUUGUACAUAAGGUUAGUAGGGAUACAGAUCUUGUCUCUUGUAGUUUAUUCACCGCGUAACUUUGAGAUUGUGCCAUCCGUUACAGGCCUGAGAAAAAUAGGCUAGGGUUCUUGUUUUUAUAGGAUAUAUUGACGGGGGAAAGUAUGGAAAAACUAUAAUGCGCCUCAGAAAUAUUUUGUUUAAUUUAUUUUGUUUUGAAUGCUGAAUGAACACUUUUGCUAUUAUAUCAAUCUGAUUUAUUUAAAUAAAGCGUUUCAUGUGAAUGUAA